UUUUCCAAUUUCAUUUAUCCAACUUUGUCACAUACACAGAGUACAAAUCUAUCAACUUUGCUGUGGAUUUUCAUCUCUCUCUUAAGGCUGUACAAAUUCGCUCUCAGUGACGACAAUGUCUGGCCGUGGCAGAGGUCGUGGUGGCCGACGAGGCCAGCAACAUCGGCGGUAUCAAUCGGGGCGCGGCGGAGGAAGAGGCCGAGCUGGCGGCGGAUCAUACGGCUCUCAGGCGCCGGCUAGAAAUCCACAGGCUGCUUCGCAUUCCCGUCCAGCAUUCUCACAACCGGACCCCCAAAUGCCAUCUUCUUCGGCAUCCAUGCCGUCGGCGGCGGAACCUCUCGGCCGCGAUUUCGGGGCAAAAAUCACGUUUGGAUCUGCGGCGCCGAUUCAGGAUUCCAACUCCUGUACAACCACCGAUUCAGGCUCCGAAUCCGGUACAACCACCGAUCCAGGCUCCGACUCCGGUACAUUGUGGGUACCGGCGGCUGCGCCGCCGGCUUCUUCCAAGGCUCUGCGGGUUCAGUUGAGGCCGGGGUGGGGAACGGUCGGUCGCAAAUGUGUUGUGAACGCUAAUCACUUCCUAGUCGAGGUCGCCGACCCAGAUCUUCACCAUUAUGAUGUGUCAAUCAGUCCUGAGGUUUCUUCAAAGGAAGUAUGCAGAGACAUAGUGAAUACACUGGUUGAAUUGUAUCGUGAAUCACACUUGGGCAAAAGGUGGCCCGCCUAUGAUGGCCGUAAGAGCUUGUACACAGCAGGGCCGUUGCCCUUCUCUUCAAAGGAAUUUUUUGUCAAGCUAGUUGACAAAGAUGAGCCGACCAGGAAAGUCUGGAAAGAACGUGAAUUCAAGGUUGCAAUUAAAUUUGCUGCCAGGGUUGAACUCCAGUUUCUGAAGGAAUUCUUAGCUAGCAGGCAACUUGAGGCCCCUCGGGACACUAUACAAGCUCUUGACGUGGUCCUGAGAGCAACACCAUCAAAUAUUUAUUCAGUUGUUGGAAGGUCUUUCUUUGAUCCGAAACUUGGAGGUACUGGGUAUCUUGGUGAUGGUUUGGAAUACUAUAAGGGAUUCUAUCAAAGUCUUCGCCCAACCCAAAUGGGUCUCUCCCUUAAUAUUGAUAUUUCAGCAAGAGCAUUUUAUGAACCUAUUCUAGUUUCUGAGUUCGUUGCAAAAUAUUUCAGCGUGACAGACCUAACAAUGCCUCUUUCUGAUCAAGACCGUACUAAGGUUAAGCGAGCUCUGAAGGGUGUUAAGGUGGAACUUGAUCACAGGCAUCAUGUGAAGCGUGACAAAAUUACAGGCAUAUCAGCUCAACCAAUAAGCCAACUAACGUUUCCUCUUGACACCGGAGCAACGGUGUCAGUUGUUCAAUAUUUCCGCCAGAGAUACAAUAUUGUCCUUAAAUAUGUGUUCUUGCCUGCUGUUCAAGCUGGCAAUGAUGCAAAACCUGUUUAUCUGCCUAUGGAGAUUUGUAAGAUUGUCGAAGGACAAAGAUAUUCAAGAAGGUUGAAUGAGAAGCAGGUGAGUGCGUUGCUGAAGGCAAACUGUCAGCGUCCUAAUGAAAGGGAAAGAAGUAUUAAACAGAUGGUUGCCCAUAACAAUUACAAUAAUGACAAGUUUGCAAAUGAAUUUGGGCUUCGAGUAAGGCCUGAACUUACUUCUAUUGAUGCACGAGUUCUACCCCCUCCAACGCUUAAGUAUCAUGAUACUGGGCGUGAGGCCCGGGUCGAUCCACAGGUGGGGCAAUGGAACAUGAUUGGCAAGAAAAUGGUAAAUGGUGGCAAGGUAGACUUUUGGACAUGUAUCAACUUUUCUUCACAAAUGAGACCAGAUCUGGCAUCUAAUUUCUGCAAUGGCUUGAUUUCUAUGUGCAUCGAGAAGGGGAUGGACUUUGAGAGGACGCCUUUACUUCCCAUUCAUUCUGCUAAUCCUAGUUACAUUGAGAAAGCACUCUCUGAUAUUUACAUGAAAUCUUCAAGCAUGAAGAAACAACUUCAGUUGUUAAUUAUUAUUUUGCCCGAUUAUUGCGGAUCAUAUGGAAAAAUCAAACGCAUCUGUGAAACGGAGUUGGGAAUAGUUUCACAAUGUUGUCAGCCUAAGAAUGCAUCAAAGCUUAGUAAACAGUAUCUUGAAAAACAGUAUCUUGAAAACGUGGCACUCAAGAUCAAUGUGAAGGUUGGAGGACGAAACACUGUUUUACUGAAUGCUAUCCAAGGAAGAAUUCCUCUCGUAACUGAUCGUCCUACAAUUAUCUUCGGUGCUGAUGUGGCUCAUCCUCAGCCAGGGGAAGAUUCUAUUCCUUCGAUAGCUGCGGUGGUUGCUUCUAUGGACUGGCCAGAAGUAACGAAAUACAGAGGACUGGUCUCUGCACAGCUACAUAGGCAAGAGAUCAUCCAGGAUCUCUACAAAACAACUCAAGAUCCUACAAAGGGCAUAGUCCAUGGUGGAAUGAUCAGGGAACUUCUAAUUGCAUUCAGGAGAUCAACGGGUCACAAACCUCAUAGAAUCAUAUUCUACAGAGAUGGCGUCAGUGAAGGCCAAUUUUCUCAAGUUUUGCUGUACGAAAUGGAUGCCAUCCGAAGGGCUUGUGCCUCAUUAGAGGAAAAUUAUCUUCCUCCGGUUACCUUUGUGGUGGUGCAGAAAAGGCACCUUACACGGCUCUUUCCAGUCGAUCAUUCCGAUCGCAAUUCAACAGACUGGAGUGGCAAUAUUUUACCAGGUACUGUUGUGGAAAGGGUGAUCUGCCACCCUACUGAGUUUGAUUUCUACCUUUGCAGCCAUGCAGGAAUUCAGGGUACAAGCAGGCCUACACACUACCAUGUGUUGUACGAUGAAAACCAGUUUACUGCGGAUGGCCUUCAGACACUGACAAAUAAUCUGUGUUACACCUAUGCAAGGUGUACGAGAUCGGUUUCCGUUGUGCCUCCUGCUUAUUACGCCCGUUUAGCUGCAAUUCGCGCUCAUUAUUAUAUUGAGGGUGAGACAUCAGACACCGCGUCAACAAGCUGUGGUAGGGCCUCAUGGGAGAGGGACGUGGAUGUCCGGCCACUUCCCGUCAUAAAGGACAAUGUUAAAGAUGUGAUGUUUUACUGCUGAAUCAGAGUUGGUGCUCUCUAUUCAGUAGUAUGCUGUGAACAUACUAGUUUUUUGAACAUUGCUUUUUUGGCUAGUAUGCAUUGAUAGUGGGUGGGUAGAAUUUACAUUUUCCUGAAGCGGGCGGUGUUUCAUUAUGCAAUGUUUCUGAUACAAAUCUCAUGUAAAUUCACACUUGGGUAAUCAGUUUUUGUGGCGGGAUAUAAUUGAAAUCAGAGGCUUUUGUUUUC